GGGACCGCCUAGGGCCGGGCCUCCGCCUGCCGGCCAAAGACAGCUGGCGCGCGGCCCCGCCCCUAUAUAAGGAGACGCCGCAGCACAGAGCUUGGAGCGCGGUUGCCGCGUCUGCUGGGGCCGUCCCGCGGAGCCGGCACCAUGGCAGACCAGUCCUUUGUGACUCUAGCCACAAAUGAUUCCUAUGUGAAAGGAGCACUCGUACUUGGUUCAUCCUUGCAACAGCACAGGACAACAAGGAAGCUGACUGCACUUAUAACUCCUCAGGUCUCAGAUUCUAUGAGGGAAGUGCUAGAAAAAGUAUUUGAUGAAGUGAUUUUGGUAAACAUCCUGGAUAGUGGGGAUUCGGCACACUUAGCAUUAAUGAAAAGACCUGAGCUGGGUGUCACAUUAACAAAGCUUCACUGCUGGGAACUGACACAGUUUUCAAAGUGUGUUUUCAUGGAUGCAGACACAAUGGUUUUGUCAAAUAUCGAUGAGCUUUUUGAGAGAGAAGAGCUGUCUGCAGCACCAGAUCCAGGCUGGCCUGAUUGUUUUAAUUCUGGAGUUUUUGUUUACCGACCUUCCAUUGAAACAUACAAUCAGCUGUUACAGUUUGCCACAGAGAAAGGCAGCUUUGAUGAUCCCAUUAUAGGUAGAUGCAUCUUGGGCUGCAGGUUUAAAAGACCACUGACUCCAGCUCCAAGACUGUGGUCAUAUAUCUGUGCAGACCAGGGGUUAUUAAAUACCUUCUUCAGCAGCUGGGCAACAACAGACAUGAACAAACAUCUACCAUUUAUUUAUAACUUGAGCAGCACUUCUGUGUAUUCUUACCUUCCAGCAUUUAAAGCGUUUGGUGCAAAUACUAAAGUGGUGCAUUUCCUGGGAAGCAGAAAGCCAUGGAACUAUACAUAUGACUCCAAAACAAAAAGCAUAAAAGGCAAUAUGGAUGACCCUAAAGUAGUUCACCCAGAAUUCCUCAACAUGUGGUGGGAUACCUAUAUGACUAAUAUUCUACCAUUAUUAGAGCAGCAUGGAAUUGCUAAAGAAGCUACCACAGGUGUAAACAUGCUAUCAGGCUUGGUCUAUACUCUGGCUUUCUCUUGUGGCUUCUGUAGAGAGGCAGAGGUUACAGAGGCAGUGUCCCACAUGUCAGUAUCAACACCAUCACCAGUAUUACCAACCAUAUCUUCCGAAGAACGCAAGGAACGGUGGGAACAAGGUCAAGCUGACUACAUGGGAAUGGAUUCCUUUGAUAAUAUCAAGAAGAAACUGGACUCCUACCUUCAGUAGAAAUGCCAGUUUCAAGUACUGGCAAUACAAGGACUUGUUCCAGAACUAACAGCUAGAAAGGUUGUAGAUGGUGGUCAGUUAAGCUUGCUAGUAGUUUGAAAAAACUGUUGGCUGAAGGCCAGUGCAGUGCUACAGAUGAAGACUGAGCAAAAAGCUAGGAAGCAGAAUUCCUUGGGCCAGAUGUAAUUGCCCAAUAUCCAGUUCCCUCUACUAGAUAAAGGUAUUUUCAGCUCAUGUUUUCUUCUGUUGUGAUCAAUUGGCUCAAAAUAUUCCUUGACACUGGGUUUGUACUUCACCACGUAAAGGUGAUUAGCACUGAUUCCUUUGCUUGCUGUUUUAGGUGUAAAAUCUGAUUGAUGGGAGUGCUCAUACACUAGAGUGAUCGCUAUUCUGCUUUACCAUAAAUGUAUUGAUGACAUUAGGAUACAAAAAUAUGUAACAGUAAUAGCACUGCUUUGCUCUUCUAAUCACAAUUGCACUGAAGUUUUGACCAGGUUUUCUUACACAGUGCACAUAGCAUGGCAGAAUAAGUUUGUUCAGUUCGAUAUUCUACAGGCCUUGUAAACUGAGCUUGAUCUGUUAUUUGCAUUUGAUGCAAAAAUAAAAAGUUAUGUUUCUGGCUUCCUCAAA